UGUAUUUUUUGUUGGUCAAACUCAAAGCAAGUUGUGCUUGUGUUGAAUGAGGACAAGUGUUUGGUUCGUUGAAUGAUGUGCAGUGCCUUGUUGCUUGAACAUAAUGCAACUUUUUAUCUAAGUAAUAUGUUCAUUUUCUAGCUUCGAAAGUUAGUUUUAAAUGACUAUGUCACAAAUAACUUUUAGUGUGAAAAUGUUAAGUGAUAAUGUUUGUGUUCUGUGCGUGGUGCAUUUGUUAAUAUUAUUAGCACUGACAAAGGCCACUACUGAAGCUCAAGAACUAAAACCGCCUGCAUUAGACUUCAAUAAGCACAGACUAGUUCAACCUAUUCUACAUCAUGCUAGAACGAGAAGAGAAAUAUCUACAACGAGAGACACGAGCGGUGCACAUCAUUCAGAAGUGACAGUGACGGUUCCCAUAGACGGUCAGGACUACGUGUUGGAUCUGAGAUUGAACCUGGAUCUAGUCACAGAUAACCAUGUACUUAGGUACCAGAAGAACGGCAAGACUGUUGUACAUAAACCUAAGAAAGAGGAUAUAGACUUAUGUCAGUACUCGGGCACGGUACGAGGCAAGCCUGGCUCAUGGGUGGCGGUGUCCACCUGUCAUGGCGUCCGAGGCAUCGUGUUCGAUGGAGAACGAAUGAGAUAUAUUGAGCCAGCUGAAGGACCAAGCAUACAAUCAAACCACUACAUCUACGACCAUGGGGACUUAAACACCAACUACCAUUGUGGCUACGUCGGCGGCGUCACACAGAACGCAAGUUACGAUCCACAUCUAUUCAAGAAGUAUACCAGUGAACAGGAUCGGCAGAGAAGCAGGGUUAGUCGAUACAAAAGGUACGCAUCAGACGACACACAAGUCCGAGGGCCGUACAACGCGAACAAAUUGUCUCGAUACGUGGAACUGGUGCUGGUGGCUGACAAUAGGGAGUACAAGGCGAACGGGGAGAACAUACAGACUGUGUACCGACAGAUGAAGGAUGUGGCUAAUAUUAUUAACUCGGUAUACACGCCAUUGAACGUGUUCAUAGCACUAGUGGGAGUAGUGGUCUGGACUGAGACUGACGAGAUACAUCUAGAAGAGAAUGGAGACAGGACUCUUAACAACUUCCUUGGGUAUCGCAAGUCCGUGCUUGUGAGAGACAUACCUAAUGAUAAUGCUCAAUUGUUGACCCGCCAAAAAUUCAACGACGGUGUAGUCGGCAAAGCAUUAAAAGGCCCGAUAUGUACGUACGAAUUUUCUGGAGGAGUGUCGACGAAUCAUUCAGAAGUUAUCGGUCUGGUAGCCACCACCAUAGCUCAUGAGAUGGGUCAUAAUUUUGGCAUGGAACAUGAUACUGAUGAUCUUUGUAAAUGUCCUGAUGCCAAGUGUAUAAUGAGUCCUUCCAGUACGUCUGUGACGCCGAUACAUUGGUCGUCUUGCAGUUUGAGCUCUAUAGCUUUGGCAUUUGAACGAGGCAUGGAUUACUGUUUGAGAAACAAACCGAAACGUUUAUUCGACUCGCCGACGUGCGGCAACGGUUUCACGGAGCCGGGCGAGCAGUGCGACUGCGGCAGUACGUCCGACCCGCGCGCGUACAACCCGUGCCACGCCUGCUGCGACCCCAGCACUUGCAUGUUGCGGGCCAACGCCACCUGCGGGGCUGGGAUGUGCUGCGAUUUGCAGACCUGUCGUCCAAAGUCAGCAGGCACAGUAUGUAGGUCAGCAGACCGCGAGUGUGACCUGCCCGAGUAUUGCACUGGGUACUCAGAGUACUGCCCCGACGAUGUAUUCAAGAUGGACACCACGCCCUGCGGGAAGGAUGGAGAGAAAGCCUACUGUGUUCGUGGUUCGUGUCGCUCCCACACUGAUCAGUGUCGCCUACUGUGGGGUACUACUGGUGAAAGUUCUCACGACAAAUGCUAUACCAGCACUAAUGUUAAAGGAAACAAGAGCGGUAACUGCGGCUACGACCGAUUAAACCAACGCUACCUCCCAUGCAGUCCGCGCGACGCCAUGUGUGGAACGUUGCAGUGUAGACAUCUCAAUGAACGACUCGAGUUUGGAAUGGAGUCCGUCGCAUUAUUGUCCGCCGUGUUUAUUAAUAAUAAUGGAACAAUCAUCCCGUGUCGCACAGCUAUCAUAGAUUUGGGUCUCAGCGAUGUUGAUCCUGGUUUGGUGCCCGAUGGUGCCAAAUGCGGCGAUGAAAUGAUGUGUUUGAAGCAACGUUGCGUGCCAGUGGCGGCAGUAAGAGACCGCAUAGCGACUGCCGAGUCUUCUGUCUGUCCGUCCAACUGUUCAGGACAUGGCAUCUGUAAUUCUGAAGGACAUUGUCACUGCGAGGCAGGCUUCGCCCCUCCACUAUGUGCUCUGCCUGGUCCCGGCGGCUCCUCGGAUUCUGGCCCCGCUACAGAUCCUACAAUCCAACGCAACUUCAUGGUGGCGAUGUACGUGAUAUUCCUGGGCAUCAUCCCCGCCAUACUACUGGUGCUCUUCCUCAUCUACUACUCCAAGCACAACGUGCUCCUCUGGUGGAAGAAACCUCGCAAAUCGGCCCCAUCACCGAAGAAAGCAAGCCUGCAACAUCGGCUCUCGCGCAGUGCCAGCAAAUUCGCUGCCAACUUCCAAAAUAGUAAUCAAAAUAGUUCCCAACCCGUCAACGUACAUACUCUAUCCAACCCUGAUGAUAUGAGCUCCAGUUUACUCAGAAGUGACUCGGACAGAAGUCCACCAGGAAAUAUUAACCCUUCUGUCAACUUCUUUGGCAAUUUCAAAGGUUUUUCUCUUACUCCUAUAGAAAAAAAUGCUCCCACGGAAAAAGAUGAAACCGAGGUCCCCAUAGCUCCCAAACCAGUUAAAAGUGUAGCUGAUUCUAUAAACAAAAGUGCCAAAAUUACCCCUGUACAUCGAAGCGGCAGUAAUAGUCAAAGUAUUGUGAACCAAGGGGUUUUGAAACCGGUUUUGCGAAGUGCUCCCCCGCUCCCAGUGGUUCCAACAACCGCUAAAACCAGCCCGAAGAGCAGUCCUUCAGUGAAACGCACUAACAGUACAGUUCAGAAUAAGAUCAAGGCUUUAAUGAAUAAUGAUAAGACUGAAGAGGUUCCAACUACUGCCAAUCCUCCACCAAGACCUGUGAUAUCCAGUCCCAUUUUAGAAGCUUCUACUUGCACUGCUAAAGAACUUAUAUCUCCUCUACAAGGGUCAAAGACCUUAGGACCUGUAAGAGCAGCACCAACAGUUCCUAUGUCCCCAGACUUUCCGAAAAGACCUCUAAGCAUGCAUUCAGCUGGAGUACCACAAAAACCCCUUCCCGAGGAACCGAAGAAAGUCAAAGAAGGUAUUUCCUUGAACCGCAUAGCGUCAUUCCUAAAACAAGACAAGCCUAAGGAGAAAGAACGCAAUCCGGUUGAAAGAAGUCACUCUUUGCCAAAGAAUCAUAACAAUCAAGUCAAAGUUCCUAAGGCUGAUAAAGUUCCAUUAAGAAACUUGCAGAUAUCCAACCCUAUACUGCAAAAAGAGAUUGAACUUCCAGUGAAAUCAGUCCCAGUCGUAUCUGAUUCUGAAGAUGGGGAUGAUCCCAAAGCCUUUGUCAAUCGUGCACAGAGUAUGAGGGCUCCAGCAAGUCAGAAACCAGUUCUACAAAGCUUUGGUUCUAUGAGACAGGCACCAGCCGCUCCAAGGCCUUUGUCUGUAGUUGGAAGACCGACAGCGCCACCUCCUCCAUUACCAAAUAAUUCUGAGCCCGUACCGCCACCGAAUCCAAAACCGCAGCCAGAAAUUAAGUCAACCGACUAUGUUGACUGUAUUGAAGAAAAACAGGCACCCUUAGCCCAUAUAGUAGAAGAAUCACCUGACAAUAUCUACGCAGUUAUUGAGGAGAGUCCAGAGAAACACUCGAAGCCUCUUCCAGGAGUCCCUCCACCAAUAAAAACCAUUCCUCAAGCUCCUCCCGAAGGCUACAAUACUCCCAAAGUGAUCCCGUCCAAUUCUGGAAGCACAGAAAGCAUGGGCUUACUCGGAGAGAUAGUUAACGAAAUACAAAAUCGUAACUUUGAAUCUAUAUACUCUGCGUCAACUCUUUCUAGAAAGAAAGAGAAGGAAAGGAAGGCUAAAGAAGCAGCGAAUAAAGAAGCAAAUAGAGAUAGUACGUAUAUGAAUUCAGAGCAUUAUAAAACACCUGAGAGUGUUUAUAGCAAUUCUGGAGCCAAAUCUAAUGUGUCGACGACCAGUAGUGGGUACUUACAUCCUUCUGCUGUCAACGUACCUACUUACUUAAAGAAAGACGAACCAAAAGAAGAAGAUAAGGCCCCACCUCUACCAGGGCCGAACUCUAAAAUCCCAACUUUCUCAAGACAGGUGACACCACCGGCCCUCAAAAAUACGUCCACCUUCAGAAACGUGCCUCAAUCACCAAAAGUAACUAAAAAUAUAAACUUAAAUCCAAAACUAUCGAACAGUCCGGAUCUGGUUUCGAGCUGUACAGUACCAGACACGAAGAACGUGAAACCUCCAGACGUUAUAAAUAACAAUAAACUACCAAACGAUACGACUAAAGUGACGAACAAACCGGCGGUUACUGCGAAGCCGAAUGACAACCGGCCGCCUUUAAGACCGGCGCCCGCAGAACCGAAAAAAGCGAACAAAGUCACGCCACCACUUAAACCAGUAAACUCUAACUCUAAUUUAAACAAAACAGAUAAUAAAACACCGUCCACCAACCGUGCCAUUUCUAAAGUAGACUCUGUCAAAGCUAUAGCAGACAAUUUAAACAAAAAUAAACCUAAAGUAGUCCCCAAACCAACCACAGCCGUCCAAAGGACAGAUAAUAAACCCAAUCAAACAAAAUUAACUGCCAAACCAUCGAAUGUUGCCAGUUUACAGCAGAAAUUCGAAAAUAGAAAGUCGUUGGGCAAAGAGGUUGCCGUAGCAAAAAAAUAAUUUACAAAUGGCGAGUAAUUUAAUUGAGUUAUCUAGUCUGUAAAUAUAUUUAUGGCCAUUAGCGCGAGACAUGUUGGAACAGAGUAUGUAAGGAUCUGAUUUUUACGAAGCAUUUUAUGUGAUUAGCGAAAUCGUAUUGAGAGGAUAUUGAAUUGAAUUUUGGUAUUUGGUAAAUGGUUUGUUAGUUUUGGAUGCUUGAAGUUGUGAUUAAAUAUGCCUGAAAAGUAAUUACAAAGAAAAGUCAACAAUUGAAUUCUUUUUACACUUAAGUUCUGAGCCAUAUUCAAUUACAACUUAUAUUUAGGAAUAUGGAAACAAAUUGCGCAAGAAAUGUUCAAAAUGUGACAAGAAACUUGGGUUUAGAAAAGAACGAGAACGAACGAAAGAAAGAGAUUAUAUUUUAAUACUUAUGCAGCUUACGAACAUAAGCAUAAAACUAACGUGUUCAUAUUUUAUAAUAAUGAAACGCAAUUUUUGACGGUUAGAAAUAUCUGUACAUAUAAUAUGUAGAGUAUAUUUCAAAGUAUUUGUAUGUAUUUUACUUACAAACAUAUAUAAUCGUUGGUUUACAACACAAUAGGGAACUUUGGAACCGUAUCGGCAAGAUAUUAUUAUCAUUUAGUUUUUUGUAACAAUCUUCAACGACAUACUAUUAUUUUUUAUUGGUCAGAUGGCACCACUGUCGUGUUUGAGUCCUGAAUUUGAUAGCAAUAAUAACAAAUCGGUAAGUUUUGCGAACAUCACCUCAGAAAUGUUUUGGCAAUAAAAAGUAAACAUGCUCACUGAAAAUUAUUAUUGUUGUUACAGUUCCAACUGUCAUUAUUGUGUUAAAACUCCAAACGAUUAAUUAAUAACUAAGAGAUCUCUGUAAAUAUUACUAGGCUAGAUAUUUUCCUUAAAGUUAGUAAUUAUAAAUGAAAAGUGUCUUAUAUGGUACAUAAUGCUUAAUUCGUAUUUUUAUAAAGACUAUAUGUGUUUGAGAUUUAUAGAGAAUUAGUGCCUUUACUAUGUUUUUAUGUUGCCGUCUAAAUAGAAAAUAGUUGAAAAUACAAAUAAUUACGGACCCCGUCUUGGCUUGAAAGUAGUUGAGCGUCCUUCUCGAAUAUUUAUAUUAAGUGUAGAAGAGCCAUGCUUCGGCACGAAUGGGCUGGCUCGACCGUACUGAUACCACGG